GAGGAACCAGCCGGACAGGAGCUACUGUCGACUUCAGAGUCCAAAGGCGUGGCUGGUGCAUCUCCUUGGACAAACCCAGCUCACACCCUGCUGGGCAAAGGAGGAAAAGCCAGAGGAGCCAGGACCUUGAAUGACAGGCAACACCCGGUAACAGGACGAGAAGUUCUGCUCAGGCACGUGGCCACAAACACCUAGUGAGGAAGCCUGCGGCGCGGCUAACAGCUCCUGGAGGACCCCACGGCUCCUGGGAGGCGAGCCCCAGGGAUGAGGCUGCUCAAGCUGCUGAUUUUCCUGGCCCACUGGGGAGUCGCCAGGGCUGGACUAGGGAAGUUCUGGCACAUCUCUGACCUGCACCUGGACCCUGACUACAAGGUCUCUGAAGACCCCCUCCAGGUGUGCCCAUCAGCCGGCUCCCAGCCAGUGCCCAGUGCGGGCCCCUGGGGUGACUACCUCUGCGACUCUCCCUGGGUCCUCAUCAACUCCUCCAUCUACGCCAUGAAGGAGAUCGAGCCAGAGCCAGACUUCAUCCUCUGGACUGGUGAUGAUACCCCUCAUGUGCCCAAUGAGAAGCUGGGAGAGGCAGCCGUGCUGGAAAUUGUGGAACGCCUGACCAAGCUCAUCAGAGAGGUCUUUCCAGACACUAAAGUCUAUGCUGCUUUGGGAAAUCAUGACUUUCACCCCAAAAGCCAGUUGCCGCCAGGGAGCAACAACAUCUACAAUCAGGUAGCAGAAAUGUGGAGACCCUGGCUCAGUAACGAGUCCAUCGCUCUCUUCAGAGAAGGUGCCUUCUAUUCUGAGAAGUUGCCGGGGCCGAGCGGGGCUGGGCGAAUUGUGGUCCUCAACACCAAUCUGUACUAUAGCAACAAUGAGCAGACAGCCGGCAUGGCUGACCCCGGCCAGCAGUUCCAGUGGCUGGAAGACGUGCUGACCAACGCAUCCCGAGCUGGGGACAUGGUGUACAUUAUUGGUCACGUGCCCCCGGGGUUCUUUGAGAAGACACGGAACAAAGCGUGGUUCCGGGAGGGCUUCAACGAGGAGUACCUGAAGGUGGUCCAGAAGCACCAUCGGGUGAUCGCAGGGCAGUUCUUCGGGCACCAUCACACUGACAGCUUUCGAAUGUUCUAUGAUGAUGCAGGUGCCCCCAUCAGUGUCAUGUUCCUUACACCUGGGGUCACCCCAUGGAAAACCACAUUACCUGGAGUGGUCAACGGGGCCAACAAUCCAGGCAUCCGGGUGUUCGAAUACGACCAAGCCACCCUGAGCCUGCAGGACAUGGUGACCUACUUCGUGAACCUGAGCCAGGCGAACGCGCAGGGGGCGCCAAGCUGGGAGCUCGAAUACCGGGUGACGGAGGCCUACGGGGUGCCCAACGCGAGCACCCGUUCCAUGCACGCGGCCCUGGACCGCAUCGCCAACGACCAGGGCGCGCUGCAGCGCUACUACGCCUACAACUCGGUCAGUUACGACUUGCAGGCCUGCGGCGAGGCCUGCCGCACCGAGCACGUGUGCGCGCUGCGCGAGGUGGCCUUCGACGCCUACUCCGCCUGCCUGCGCGCCCCCGGCGCCGCGCCCGCGCCCCGGCUCGCGCUCCUGUUCACGGCGCUGCUGGGCCUGCGCGCGCUGCUGGCACCGUGACCUUAGGUGCCGCCGGCUGGCUCGCCAGGCUCGCCCUUCCGGUGGUAAAUGGGGGCAGCAUCACCCCGAGAGCUGGACUUUUCCACCAUUUUCCCCGCAUCCGUACAGUGAACUGGGGUGGGACAGCCAGAUCAGGAAAUGAAGCCCAAAAGAGCCCACCAGAAGCACGUUUCUUUCAAGUUUCAUGUUUUAUCCAAAAAAGAAUGCUUAUCGUGCAUCUUA